CACAGAGACAGAAAUGGGGAAGCACGGAGUGCACAAAACUCAGAAUCGUAUUCAAGCUGAACACAACAUCAAGACACAGAUUUAAAGAUGGUGUGUUUGCUGGUGUUGCUGAUGUUAGCAUCAUGUGCUGCGAGUCCUCAAGAUCUUUCAGGUAAAAUGUUUACCUUCCCACAACAAACCAACAUGGCUCGUGUGACGCUGACAACAUCAACUGUGAGCUUUAACGCUGCAACCGUCUGUCACAGGUCCUUCACAGACCUCAAAAGAGACCACAUCCUUUUCUCUAUGGCAACACAGACUAAUUCCAAUGCCUUCCUGGUUUUCUGGGAUUCUACAAACAAGGAGAUGGAGCCUCAUAUCAAGGAUGCAAAGAAAGAAUAUGGAGGGUGUGAUUACAAGCCAGGCAUGUGGCACUCUAUUUGUUCCACAUGGGACUCUGUGACUGGACUAGUGCAGGUAUGGUGUGAUGGACGACCUUCCAGUAGGAUGUUUGUCACCAGUGGACCAAUCAGUGGACGCACAAUAACUAUUUUAGGACAGGAGCAGGAUUCCCAUGGUGGGGGGUUUGACGCAAAGCAGUCUUUUGUUGGCAUGAUGUCUGAUGUCCACAUGUGGGACUACACCCUCUCCGCCUGUGAGAUCCAGAAGUACGUGGAUGAACUAAACUUCACUCCGGGGAAUGUGCUCAACUGGAGCGCGCUGGAUUUCCAGAUCACAGGAAGAGUGCUGACAGAAGACAAACAAAUGACCUGUCACUAAACUUGUAAAGUUUGAAAAAGUGAAUGCUUUAAUUUCUGAUUAAAACUAAUGAAGUCAGCAUGUUAAAGAGUUUUUGAUGGUUCAGAUCAAUUUUUUCCUGCCUGUGCUAGACUGAGCAAAACAUUACUCCAAGGUUCAGCUCCACAAGGUCUGUGUAGUCUAGAGUUACCCAAACCAUGUUUCUUUUGACACCAUAUUUUUCAAUAAAUGUGUUCUACAAAA